AUGGAUAACCCUUUGUUUGGCACCGCGCACAUGCUGUAUGAGGUAGAUAAAAAACUUAUGGUACUUCUACACGACGGUAGGACGCUGAUCGGUUAUCUGCGAAGUGUGGAUCAGUUCGCCAACCUGGUGCUUCACCGCACCAUCGAGCGGAUACACGUUGGGAACGAGUAUGGCGACAUUCAGCGAGGUGUAGUAAUUAUCCGCGGCGAAAACGUGGUGCUAUUGGGGGAAAUUGACCGUGAAAAGGAAAGCAGUCUUCCUCUGAGGGAAGUCUCCGUCGACGACAUCCUAGAUGCGCAGCGACGUGAGCAGGAGGCUAGACAGGAAAAGCAUCGGCUGGUCGCAAAGGCACUGAAGGAGCGGGGGCUCAACAUGAAUUCCGAGAUGGCUCAGGAUGAGUUUUAGUGAUGUCUUUUUUGUCAAAAUUGACUGCCGAAAUGAUGAUAUACUA